CCGACCCGGGCCGCUGACGUCACCGCCAACUUUGCAGCCCUCUGCGCCCCACGUGCGGGGGCGGCGGCGGGGAGCGCCGACCCGCUGCGUCCAGACAGCCGGGCUCCGCCGCGCCACUCACAGGUGGGGGCCCGAGUGCAGUCUGGGGCCUCCGGGUGUGCACGGAGAGGGGAGGGCGAGUGGAGGUGCAGGCCUUCUGCGUCCCCCUGGGACACAGAGAGGGAGAGAGAGACGAACGGGGAGCUUGUUUUGGGUGAGAAGACCUGAGCCGGGACGGACAGGGCGCGUCCCGGCGAGCAAGGAGACAAGAGCAAGCAGGAGCUGGGAAACACGGUCGCCCGCUCGCCCUUGUCAGGAGCGCACGCAGCGUGGGUGCCCCAGAGCCGCAUGUCCCCUCCACUGGGACGGAGCCGGGGAUGCGCGAUCGCUGAGCAGAGAUCCGCACCGUGAGGCUGCGCGAGGUCGGUCCGAGCCGCGCGCCUCCGCCACCGCCGCCGAGAUCCCAACUGCAGCGACUCCCAGGGACCCGGGCGCCGAGCCCUGCCCGUAGGCGCAGGAUCCGAACCUAAGACGAUGGUUUCUUAAGCACUGAGACUCCCGUCCCCCAUUCCCGUGCCCCCUUCUCCGGACUCGGUUCCCUGGAGGCGCCCGGCUGCUGCCUCCCGGGGCAGCUGGCACCGCCACAGGAACACACGGGCUGGGCUAUGUGGCCUGGGUCCGGCGAUCGGGCCCGUCGUGGGGAUGCGAUGGCACCUGGCAGAGUCCCGGCCUAGUAGCAUGGCCCGUGCGCUGUCCGCCGUCGCCUCCGGCUAGGAUGGCCCCUCCGGGCCCCGCCGGCGCGCACCCCAACUCGGCCGAACCGCUGUCCCGCCGCAUCUUCCGCAAGUUCUUGCUCAUGCUCUGCUCCCUGCUUACGUCCCUCUACGUCUUCUACUGUUUGGCCGACCGCGGCCAGACCCUGUCUGGCCCCAUCGUGGGCUUGUCGGGUGGCGGUGAGGAGGCGGGGGAACCCGAUCGCGGGGUCCUGGCCGGAGGCCCGCGGGACCUGGUGGUGUGGCCCGCGGCGACGCACCUAAAACGCCUCCUGCAACUGCAGCGCCAGCGGAGGCGCCGGCCGCCGGCCCCGCGCGACGACACGGACCAGACGGUCUGGGAAGAGGAGACCCCUGGGCUGGCGCUGAGCCCCGGAGGGUCCGGGGCUGGAAGCAGCGUGGCCGAGGCCCCGCCAGGAACUCUGGCCCUACUUUUGGACGAAGGCAGCAAGCAGCUGCCGCAAGCUAUCAUCAUUGGCGUGAAGAAGGGCGGCACGCGGGCAUUGCUGGAGUUCCUGCGCGUGCACCCCGACGUGCGCGCCGUGGGCGCCGAACCCCACUUCUUCGAUCGCAGCUACCACAAGGGCCUCGCCUGGUACCGGGAGCUGAUGCCCAGGACCUUGGACGGGCAGAUCACCAUGGAGAAGACGCCCAGCUACUUUGUGACGCGGGAGGCGCCCGCGCGCAUCGCCAUGUCCAAGGACACGAAGCUGAUCGUGGUGGUGCGCGACCCGGUGACCAGGGCCAUCUCCGACUACACGCAGACGCUGUCCAAGCGGCCCGACAUCCCCAGCUUCGAGAGCCUGACGUUCCGCAACCGCAGCGCGGGGCUCAUCGACACGUCGUGGAGCGCCAUCCAGAUCGGCAUCUGCAAGCACCUGGAGCACUGGCUGCGCCACUUCCCGCUCGGCCAGAUGCUCUUCGUGAGCGGCGAGCGCCUCAUCCGUGACCCGGCCGGCGAGCUGGGCCGCGUUCAGGACUUUCUGGGCCUCAAGCGCAUCAUCACGGACAAGCAUUUCUACUUCAACAAGACCAAGGGCUUCCCCUGCCUCAAGAAGGCCGAGGGCAGCAGCAAGCCGCACUGCCUGGGCAAGACCAAAGGCAGGACCCACCCCGAAUCGACCCGGGCGUGGGUGCAGCGGCUGCGCGAGUUCUACAGGCCCUUCAACCUCAAGUUCUACCAGAUGACCGGCCAGACUUUGGCUGGAUGGAUAACAAAUAUAAUUUAAAAAGAAAAAAAAUAUCAAAUAUAUAAUAUAUUUUUUUUAUCAAUCGGUACAGAAAAGGAAGUUUAAUAUUUGAGCUGAAAAUAUUUGUUUCAGUAUUUUUCUUCCUUCAAAGAAUGAAUGUUUGCGCCUCAGCUCCAUCCUCAUGUAUAACCAGUACACAACACUUGGGAUGAACACAAAAGGAAAACUGCACUCAGUUUAAUACUUUCACCUUUCAGUUUGCAUUUUUAUGUCCCAUAUGCCCUGUCAUAAAGUAUAAGUAUCAUUAAGCAUUUUAGAAAGCCCAGGUAGGUGCCAUGGCUCACAUCUAUAG